GGCAUGGCUUUUCAUACUGUGCAAAGUUGCCCUGAGCAAUCGGCAGUUGGCUUGUGACACCUGAGUCAGGACCACUUUGUCGAGUGGCUCACUAAUGGCUCACUAGGGUUCCAGCCCCCACCCACGUCUCGUCGGUGCAUUCGGUGUCACUCUUUUGGGCCUGCUCCGGAGAGGCCCACUGGUCCGGAUGAAGCAUUCGAAAGAGGAGGCAUGGUGGACGCACUCCAGCGGCACUCCAGCGCCUCGGCUGCAGCUGCAGCAGAAAAAGCUCCACGCUGUUCCACCUCAGCUAUCCGUCCACCUUCAGUCGCUCCAGCCAACCUGGAUUCACCUCACUUCCUCCGCUUGCACCACACGCCGCCUCGCCUGCCUUUGCCGCGAAUGAUGAGCAAUCCUUGCAACCUCGUUUUGACACCAAAGUUUGUGCGGGCUUUCGCACAGAGCAUCUCUAUCAUUUGGCCAAUCUUGCGCUUGGUGAUCGAAACGGGCAGACCUAUGAAAGAUCUUGUUUGAUGCAUCCAUGAACUCGGUUUGGUGUCGGGUGUUUGUCGGCCAUUUGGUCAAAGAGCUUUACUAAGCAAGAGAGAGUGACGUGCUUUUUGCUUGAGACACACCUGGCUGGGUCACCUCGGAAUCUUCCAUCAUUUUUGAUCGAGACUCAGACGGUGUGCAUCCGGGAGUCAUUGGGAUCUCUUGCAGAGCUACUCUGGCUGCGCAUGUUUGAUCCAAACCGUUGAGAUUGACUGCCUUUGCUCAAAGGUCCAGCUUUUGAGCCUUGACGGGCGGGAAUGACAGCUUCGAAGAAGUGCGACUUGGUCGCUGCUUGGGAGGUCGACUCUGGUCACUUUCUGGUCACUCUGGUUCUUGCUAGCUGCCAGUGCAAGCAAAGAGCUCCGCGGCGCCUUUGUUCGAUUUCGGAACAGCCUUGGUGAACUCUGACAGUUCUUAUGUCUCAAGAAGCCAUCGAUACCACGCACACGGCAACAUUGGAAGCUCGCUUUAUCCUGGACCUCAACGGCCAACGUCCUUUGUUUCCCUGGCACUUCCAGGUGGGGAGACUCUGCCAACGCGAUGUUUAUUACACCAAUGCAGCCAAUGCAUGAGGAAUCAGUGUUUUGGUUUCGACACAUUGUUUGUGCUUCGCGCGAAACGGGAACUGCAGGUUGGUCGGGUUGGUAUCCCAAUUCAUCCUUUCUUCAAAUCCACCAAUGCAAACAAAGUGACGGCAGACUUCUGAAAUAAGUGGGUCAACAUCCUGAGGUCGUAGCACCAGUCUGGGAGUCCAUCGCAAGAAUCCAAGAGCUUCCCUGCUUUGAUUGUUGGCCAGAAUGAGUCGAUUUCCUGGCUUUCCAAACUUAGACCGAGCUUCCUAGCUUCUCAAAAAUCAUUUACAACAUGUUGUACACUUGAAGUAUUUCAUCAUGUGUUUCCCCUUGCUUUUUAAGCACAAAUAUCUGGAUUGCCUUGACUCGGUUUUUGUGCCGUUGGAUCGGCACCGUGGCACCGCAGGCGGGGCUUUCGAACUCGCAGGUGCCACGGUGGCUCGUCAGUUAGAAGCAAGGUGCUCGUUUUCGAUUGGACCCUGUGGGAGACGUUUCAGCACCCGUUGGUAGACUGAAGACCCCCCUGCAACCCAAAGGUGAGGCUUUCUAGGACUAGUUCAAGCUUGAGAUAGUCACUAGAAGCUGCUGGGCGAGAAUCCAAGAACCAUUGUCUGCCUCUUGUGCCGCCUCUUGUGUUUCUAUAUCUUCAAGAGUCCUUUAGCGCCGAGAGGUUGAUGUUUCGACCAAUCAAAAAGAGGUGGAAGCUGCCUCUGAGGUGGAAGGACAGUGAUGGGCAGCGCGAAGGUUUAGACACCGCCUUUCUUCUGAGACCCUCAGAUAUCAGUCGCGAUGUUCUAGAAUGUUCUAGAGAGAUUCAAGGCAUCCGUUGAAAAGAAGCUGUUCAGAUACUCAGUUCAAUUGAGAAACCAAUGCUGUUCUUGUUGCUCCAAGCCAGCGCCAUAUAUGAUGAUGGCAAGAAACCAUGAGAGCUCACAGGCGCACCCGAAUGAACGAAGCUGCGGCGUACCCGAAUAUCCACUUCUUGGACCUGAGCAUCGCAGAAAACGAUCGAAGCAGUUCAACGAUCGAAGCAGAACAGUUCUGUUGUUGUUUUGGACAACGAAUCUCAUCGAAGCGAUGAACGUCAAGGAGAGUCUAAGACGAUGCGAAGUGAGUCCGGGACCUUCGACGGUGACACGUGGCUCACGGGGCUCACUUCUCGAAAUUCGAGCGAGGCACUUCCGGUACGAAGAGUGAGCACUUCUCGG